AUGCCGGUUACUGUGUAUAAUAAUGUGGUGUCAGGACCUGAAGAACGAGGCAUUCCGGCUCAUUUAUCGUAUGGUCAAUUUUUAUUUGAUCAACUCAAAAAUGGAGGCAAUCAAAUAGCUCUAGUAAAUGCUGAAACAGAAGAGUCUGUUACCUACAAUCAGAUACUUCAACACAGUGUUAAUGUUGCUGUCAGUUUACAAAAGCUAGGCUUGAGAAAAGGUGAUCUUGUGGGGUUGAGCAGUGAGAACAGGUUUGAGUUUGUGGCAGCUGCUCUUGCUGUAAUAUAUUGUGGUGGAAUACUAUCUACGCUCAACAUAACAUACUCACCUGGAGAGAUUUCACAUCUACUAAAAAUUACAAAACCUAAAUUCAUCUUCACUUCUCCUAUUACAUCACAAAACAUUCAUGACUGUUGCACUGAACUGUCUUUGGACUGCAAGCUUAUUGUGUUCGGCGAAUAUGAUGUAGUGCCUAAUUGUAUCAUGUAUGAUGAUCUCAUUAAAGAACAUGUGAAUGUGGACGACUUCACUCUUGUUGAUGUCAACGGGUUAGAAGACACAGUUGCCGUGAUGUGCUCUUCAGGCACAACCGGAUUACCAAAGGGAGUGAUGUUGACUCAUAUCAAUUUUCUCACUCUAUCAGCUCAUAUGAGGUAUUACUUUGAUUAUGUGCAACAAAAGAAAAACAAUGGAAUUGUAACUGGAUUGUCACUAAUACCAUGGUUCCAUGCAUAUGGUUUUAUCACCACACUUGCUGUGAUGGCAAUGAAUAUGAAAAUAGUGUUUCUUAUACGAUUUGAACAAGAACAGUACUUGGAGACCAUACAAAAAUUUAAAAUAAACAUGACGACAAUAGUCCCCCCUCUGGCUGUGUUCCUGGCAAAACACCCUCUUGUCCUUAAAUAUGACUUAUCAUCCCUGGUUGAAGUUUGGUGUGGAGCUGCACCAUUAUCCAAAGAAAUUCAGACUGCAGUAUCUAAAAGGACUGGCAUAGAUUUUAUAAAACAAGGAUAUGGCUUAACAGAAGUAACUAUGGCCUGCCUAGUCGACCUGACAAGUGGUGAAAAAGUAGGUUCUUGUGGGACACCUGCACCUGGUAUGAGAGUUAAGGUAUUAGAUAUAGAAAAUGGAAAAAAACUAGGUCCAAAGCAGGAAGGCGAAUUGUGGAUAAAGUCGCCGCUGCGUAUGAAGGGCUACAUGGGCGACCAAUCCUCUAGUGACGCGUUGCUUGAUAGUGAAGGGUAUAUUAGGACCGGCGACAUUGGAUACUACGACGAAGAAGGCUACUUUUACAUCGUCGACAGACUAAAGGAACUCAUAAAAUACAAAGGUUUCCAGGUGGCACCUGCAGAGUUAGAAGCGCUAUUGUUGCAACACAAGGAGGUAGCCGAUGUAGGUGUAAUUGGACUACCUAAUGAAGAAGCAGGAGAACUACCUAUGGCGUUCGUUGUUCCUCAGGCGGGGUCGAAGGUUACGGAAAAAGAUCUAGUUGAAUUUGUCGCCUCAAAGGUUUCUCCAGCUAAGAGACUGCGUGGUGGUGUGGUGUUUCUCAAAGAAAUUCCUAAAAAUGCUUCUGGUAAAAUUUUGAGAAGGGAAUUAAGAGCAAUGUUACAUAAGUAUAAAAGUAAACUUUAA